AUGGCACAACAAGAAAGCAGAGGAGAAGAGGAGGAGGUCAAGCUAUCGAGCAAGGAGGAGGAGACAGCAGAGGCGAUUGCGGGGUUCAAGUUUAAUGUCCAUGCGCCGGAGUUCGUACCGAGGUCGCAGCUGCAGGCCGCGCCGGCCCUGUCGGCCGGCUGCUUCUGCCCUUACCUCCAGUUCUUCGGGAACGGAGGCGGCGGCGCGGCGCUGGGGCCGGAGUGGUUCUACUUUACGGAGCAAGAGCCUGUCCACUUCAUGCCGGAUUUCCACGGGAAGAUUGCUGGCCAUUCGAAGAGCAACAGCGACAUGAUUCAGAAGAUCGUCAAGCAGGUGGAGUACCAAUUCAGUGAUACUAAUCUGGUUGCCAAUGAUUUCCUAAUGAAGAUCAUGAACAAAGAUCCCGAGGGUUAUGUUCCGAUGUCAGUGGUUGCGUCCUGGAAAAAGAUCAAGUGUCUCGGCGCAAACAACCACAUGCUGGCGAAAGCACUUCGGACCUCGACGAAGCUUGUUCUUAGCGAGGACGGCAAGAAGAUCAAGCGUAAACAAGUCUUCACGGAACGAGACAAGGAGGAACUGCAGUCUCGCACUGUUGUGGUGGAAAACCUGCCCGAGGAUUACUCACGUCAAAACCUGGAAAAGAUGUUCAGUGUUGUUGGGAGUGUGAAGAACAUCCGAAUAUGCCAUCCUCAAGAACCCAAUUCUGCAAGAAGCACGAAAAGCGAUUUGCUAAUCAGCAACAAGCUGCAUGCGCUGGUGGAGUACGAGACCACAGAGCAAGCCGAGAAGGCAGUCGAGAAGCUAAAUGAUGAAAGGAACUGGAGAAAAGGCCUUCGAGUUCGAACCAUGCUAAGAUGCUCGCCAAAAUCUGUGAUAAGAGGCAACCAUUUCGAAUUGUACUCCGAGGAUGACCAAUCUCCUUCUUCUCAAACCUUAGGCUCUCCUCGCAUCGAACAGCUACUCGACCACAAUAAUGAAGAUAACCAGAGUGGUCCGAGGAAAGCGUGGGGGAGGGGACGAGUCAAGCCACACGGACUUCUUGCUCCGAAUCUAAGUGGGCGUGGCUUGCUGACCCAGGCUCCACAGAUCGGUGGGGCACUCGGCCAUGGAGGAGAAGCGUCAAGCAAGCAGACUCCGCAGGGGCCAAGAAUGCCCGACGGAACGCGUGGGUUCACCAUGGGUCGGGGGAAGCCGCUCAGCCCUGUUCUGGGACGCUCACCGACUCCAGCCGCAGCUCUUGCCUCCGUCCACCUGUGAACCAGAGACUGAUUGCCAUCAAGAACAUGCAACUUUCUUCAGAGCAUUGGCGAAGGUACUCUGUUGUAAUAAUUACCUCUUUAGGGUAGUCUGAAGUGAUGCUGUACUUCUAUCUUUUCCCACUACCUAAGCUGCUCGUUCUACUUUGUUUCGUUCCUGCAAUAACCAUUCAUUUGUAUUAUGUACUGCUCUUUCAGCUAGACUCGAAUA